AUGGCUUCAAGACGCGCUUUGUCCCUCAGAUCAUUGCUUAGUGCUCGACGUUAUCAGCCAUCUUAUUAUAGCUCUAUCACUCGUCAAGAGAAUGAUCAUCGUGAAGAGAAGCCAACUUCUCUUGGUCAGAGAUCCUUUAGCAGCUCAAUUCUCUCUACGCACCCGAGACGCUCCUCACAUUUUUCUCGAUGCUCUACUCCUUUUGGAUUCUCUAUCUAUCAUCGCUCUAUGUCGACUUCAUCAGGCUCAGACGAGAUCAGUGGCAAUUUAAAUGAUGUAGUUGCAGCAACUCCUAUAGAUUCGGUGUUUGAAAAUGUGGUUUGCCAUGACCCUAGUGAAUGGUCAUUCCAUUCUGAUGUUGUUCAGCGUUUUAUUGAAACGGUGCAUUCUUCCACAGGCUCCGGCUGGUGCGCUUCCAUUGUUCUCGCUACCCUUUUGAUUCGAGGAGUGACAAUCCCACUCAUGAUUUAUCACGAGAGAGAGUGGUCAAGAACCAUGAUGCUUCUCAUACACGUUAAACCAUGUAAAGAGAUUAGGGAUCCAGAUGCUUGUGCUACAAGGAGGAGAGAGAUCGAAAAGAUGGUCAAGGAGAACUUUGGCGUAUUUUCUGUCUCUGUCUUGUUGCCAUGUUUACAUUUUCCGGCGUUGAUUUGCAUGGGAACAACAAUCCAUAACAUGGCAGGUGGUUGGCAUUGGUCCAUUGGUCUUUCAACGAUCAUGAUUUCACUUGUAACAGGAUUUACUUUCUGGAUUACAGUGGAGUAUGAUGCAGUAAUAGGACUUGAAGGCGUAAGAAUAGCCCACAGAGACUUGUUCCUGAGAAUGGUCAUCCCUGUGGUAUUUGCAGGAUUGUUUUUCUCAAAGGAGGUGCAUUGCUAUUUGAUGACCUGCAUGUUGUUCUCCAUUAAGUUUAUGCACGAGAUUGGCCGUCCAGGAGUGAAGACGCUUUUAGGCAUUCCAGAGGAUCCUAAAAAAUACACUCUCUCGUUCUCUCUCUUUCUCACUCUCUAUGGGAACAUAACAAUGACCCACAUGAGGAAUCUCAUGAAGAUAUUUAAACAGUAG